UGUUGAAAGCUUGUGUGUUGGGAACUUGGGAUGAGAUAGGGAAUGAAGUAAAGAAUUUCAGGCUGAUAGUAAACGAAGACGUGGACUAAAGCGAACCUAGUCACUCAUUCUUCUUCUUCUUCACCAUUCUGGCAUUCUCACCAAUUUCGCCAUUCUCACCUUCCUUUUCCGCUGUGCAUUCCACGCGCGCAAAUGUCGAAGCUUCUUGCUCCACCACUGCCCACUCUUCACAACUUCACUUCCAUUCGCACCUUAUCCUCUUACACUUCUCCUUCUCGCCUUCCUCUUCUCUCCAUUAUUCCCAAACUACCCUCCUUCAGCACUCGCAACUCUCGUAGUAGGACUCGCCUUCCCCUCCCUCGCGCUUUCGAUUCCGAUUCCGAUUCCGAUUCCAAUUCUGAAGCUGCCGUUGACAACAAUCAAACUGUUACGAUUCCUGAUGAGGAGUAUCCCACUGGCGAAUUCAAAUUUGAACCAGUUACUGGAUUCCGGAGCUUGCUCGUCAAGCUUAACAUGCUCUUUGCCUUACCCUGGGAGCGCGUUCGCAAGGGUAGCGUCCUCACCAUGAAGCUUCGUGGCCAGAUAUCCGAUCAGGUGAAGACUAGGUUUUCUCCUGGACUCUCUCUGCCUCAGAUUUGUGAGAAUUUCGUGAAAGCUGCUUAUGAUCCUCGUAUUUCUGGGAUCUAUCUGCAUAUUGAAGGUUUGAAUUGUGGGUGGGGCAAAGUCGAGGAAAUUCGAAGACACAUAUUGAAUUUCAAACAAUCGGGAAAGUUCGUUGUGGCUUUCGUCCCUACAUGCCAAGAAAAAGAAUAUUACCUUGCAUGUGCGUGUGAAGAGAUAUAUGCGCCCCCAAGUGCUUACUUUUCAUUGUUUGGAUUGACUGUUCAAGCCUCAUUCCUUAGAGGGGUUUUAGAUAAUAUAGGAAUUGAACCACAAGUUGAAAGGAUUGGGAAAUAUAAAAGUGCAGGAGAUCAACUAGCACGAAGAACCAUUUCCGAAGAAAAUUGUGAAAUGCUGACUGCAUUGCUUGAUAACAUCUAUUCAAAUUGGCUAGAUAAAGUCUCUUCUGCCAAAGGAAAGAAAAGAGAAGACAUCGAGAACUUCAUAAAUGAAGGUGUCUAUCAAGUAGAUAAGCUUAAAGAAGAGGGCCUCAUAUCGAACAUAAUCUAUGAUGAUGAGGUUAUUGCCAUGUUGAAGGAGAGAACUGGAGUGAAAACAGAGAAAAAUCUGCCUAUGGUGGAUUAUAGGAAAUACUCUCGAGUUAAGAAAUGGACUGUUGGAAUACCAAGUGGUAAAGAUUUGAUAGCCAUCAUUCGAGCCUCCGGGAGCAUUAGCCGUGUUGAGAGUCAAGUAAGUGUGUCUAGCUCAGGUAUCGUUGCGGAGAAGUUCAUUGAGAAGAUUCGCAGUGUCAGAGAGUCAAAAAAAUUUAAGGCUGCUAUCAUCCGAAUUGAUAGUCCUGGAGGAGAUGCUCUUGCUUCUGAUUUGAUGUGGAGAGAAAUCCGGCUUUUGGCUGCUUCAAAACCAGUCAUUGCUUCAAUGGCUGAUGUGGCAGCAAGUGGAGGGUACUACAUGGCAAUGGGAACACAAGCCAUUGUUGCAGAAAGUCUUACCUUAACUGGUUCAAUUGGAGUGGUCACAGGAAAAUUUAACCUGGGAAAGUUGUAUGAGAAGAUUGGCUUUAACAAGGAGGUCAUAUCCAGAGGAAGAUAUGCUGAAGUCCUUGCAGCCGAACAACGUCCAUUCAGACCAGAUGAAGCAGAGUUAUUUGCCAAAUCUGCACAGCAUGCUUAUAAACAAUUUCGAGACAAGGCAGCUUUAUCCAGAUCAAUGACUGUAGAUAAGAUGGAGGAGGUUGCGCAGGGUAGGGUUUGGACUGGCAAUGAUGCAGCUUCACGCGGUUUGGUCGAUGCUAUUGGUGGGCUAUCACGAGCUAUUGCCAUCGCAAAAUCGAAGGCAAACAUACCUCAAGACAGAGAGGUUACUCUUGUGGAGAUCUCUAGACCUAGCCCUUCUCUUCCCCAGAUUUUAUUAGGCGUAGGAAGUUCUCUAAUUGGAGCAGAACAAACAUUGAAAGAAUUGUUACAAGGCUUGACAUUCUCUGAAGGAGUUCAAGCUCGGAUGGAUGGAAUCAUGUUUCAGACAUUGGAGGGAUCUCCUUAUACUAACCCCAUUUUGUCAAUAAUAAAAGAUUACCUCAGUUCCCUGUAAUUCAAAGUUCUCCGCAAUCAUUUGUAUCAUUUCAUUCCUCUUGUUCUCCCUAUAUAUAUAUAUAUAUUUUCUUUAUUCGAAGAGGGAUGAUGAUAGAUGACUGGGGUCUUUUUCUAAUUCUCUUCAUAAACUUCUGUUAUUUGUAAUUGUCCCUUUACUGUCACGUCCACUAUUGUUUGUACAUAACAUGUAUAAAGCAUAAACUUGGAAAAUUAGAAAGCAUUGUUUC